AUGCCACCUUAUAAUAUUCAACACACUCGCUUUGUCCUUUACUUCUUCAUCCAUUGUUUUGUUGACAAAUCUUAUGUUACCCUCUCAUCUUCCCUCUUUCCCCUCUCUCUGUUGCUUGUGUUUGUUUCUCACCAGGAACUGAUGUUGGUGCCUCCGCCAUGGCUGGAACAACUGUUGUCCACCACAUUCUUCACCAUGUGCGAAACUCACAUCAACACACCCAGAAACGAAUGCAACAUGUAUUGCCUCGAUUGCAAGGACCAAGCAUUUUGUUUCUAUUGCAAACAAUCUUGGCAUAAGGAUCAUCAAGUAAUUCAAGUGGGUAUUGUAUUUUACUUUGUAUUAUUCAUUGUAUAUAUUGCAAGUGUAAUGCAGAUAAGGAGGUCGUCGUAUCAUGAUGUUGUGCGGGUAGCAGAGAUUCAGAAGGUUUUGGAUAUCAGUGGAGUUCAAACAUAUGUGAUAAACAGUGCUAGAGUUCUUUUCCUGAACGAGAGGCCUCAGAAUCAACCAAAAACCAAUAAUGUGGUUGGUAGUGGAAAAAGCAACUCCCAUUUGUGUGAAAUUUGCAAAAGGAAUCUCUUGGACCCUUUUCGUUUCUGUUCUUUGGGAUGCAAGGUUGGUGAUCUCUCAUUAACUUAUUUCCUUUCAGUUGUUCAAUUUGCUAAAACAUAUCUCCAUAAUAGUCCAAUUUUUUGCGAAUAA